GCUCCAGCUCUCAUUCCCGAACUGUACACUCUCCAUGAAUUUAGAGAACUAAGAGCUCCUCAGUCUGCCGCAAGUGAGCUGGGACGCGCGUCCCACCCAGCUCCGGCAUAGGUGGCACCAAGGUUCGGCAUGGUGGGUGCAUUCAAAAGUGGGCGCCCGAAUCGGGUACCCUGCUCUUGUGGCCGAUUCGGCUGCCCGUUUCGGGCGUAUGGUGGACGCAUAGGCAAGCGUGGCGCGAGACCGUCUGUGGGUAUAAAGGACAGCGAUGUGGACACCUUCAGUCCAUCGCUAGUUCAGCCUACGCAAAGUUCCCCUAUAACCUUCUUAACUCUACACCAUGUCUUCUCAGCUUGUUUGGGUCAUCACCGGAACUUCCACUGGCCUUGGUCGGGAGCUCGCAAAAGCUGCGCUCGCGCGUGGCGACAAGGUCAUUGCAACUGCUCGCGCACGCUCAAUUGCCAAGUUGGAUGAUCUGAAAGCCGAGGGCGCCGAUGUUAUCGAGCUCGAUGUAACUGCGCCUCUGGACACGCUCAAGGCUGCCGCAGAGAAGGCGGUAGCCAUCAAUGGGCGCGUUGACGUCGUGGUCAACAACGCAGGCUACAUUCUCACUGGUGCGAUUGAAGAGUGCACUCCUCAGGAGACGUUCGACCAGUACAACUCGAAUGUCUUCGGCGCAUUGAACGUAUCCCGCGCGUUCCUGCCAUACAUGCGCCAGCGCAAGUCCGGGACCGUUGUCUUCCUAGGCUCGCUCGGCGGCUGGAGGGGCGGACCAUUGGCUGGCCUCUACUGCAGCACAAAGUGGGCUCUCCGAGGCAUUAACGAAUCCCUUCACGCCGAGAUCGCACCUCUCGGUCUGCGCAGCGUCUGCUUCGACUUUGGUUACUUCCGCACCAAGUUCCUGACCGCCGACCACCGCACGCCAUACGAUCCCCGCAUCGAGGACUACCGCGAGGCGACGGAGAAGGUGAACCAGGCAUUGCUUGCCUACAGCGAGAAGCAACCGGGAGACCCGAAGAAGGGUGUGCAAGUCAUGCUCGAUGUGGUCCGCGGGGAGGGCGUGGCGGCUGGCAAGCCCUGGGAGAUCAACGUUCAGCUCGGGUCGGAUUGCUUCGCGGUGGUGAAGGAGCACUGCGAGACGGCGUUGAAGCGUCUCUCCGAGUGGGAAGACAUCACGAAGAGUACGGACAUACAAGAGUAGAAGACUUUGGCGAUUGGGCGCCUGCUCCUCUAAUGUGUACAACUACAAUAUAACUAUUCGGAACUUGGAAAAUGCCAUUGGAACUCUUCCU